AUGCCCUCAGCCCACAAUGCCUUGCUGGUCUCGGCGGCGCCCACCAACUUCCCGCGGGUGGGCUACAGCAUCCUGUCCUUCCUCAUGUUCAUCAACACGGUCUUCUCGGUCUUCAACAACACGCUGGUCAUCGCCGUCAUGCUGCGCAGCCCACAGCUGCGCUCCGCCAUGAACGUCUUCAUCCUCAGCCUGGCCGUCUCCGACCUCAUGAUUGCCACCUGCGGCUCCGCCAUUGUCACCGUCACCAACUACUACGGCUACUUCUUCCUCGGCCGCAGCCUGUGCGUCUUCCAGGGGUUCGCCGUCAACUACUUUGGCCUGGUGUCUCUCUGCACACUGACGCUGCUGGCGUAUGAGCGCUACAACGUGGUGUGCAAGCCCAGGGCGGCCUUCAAGAUGGACAUGAAGAGGAGCUACAAGGGCCUGCUCUUCGUCUGGCUCUUCUGCCUCUUCUGGGCUGUCACCCCCCUGCUGGGCUGGAGCUCCUAUGGGCCCGAGGGGGUGCAGACCUCCUGCUCCCUCAGCUGGGAGGAGCGGUCCUGGAGCAACUACAGCUACCUGAUACUCUACACUCUGCUGUGCUUCCUGCUGCCUGUGGCCAUCAUCAUCUUCUGCUACUGCAAGACCAUCUCCUCAAUGCGCAAGCUGAACAAGAGUGUGGAGCUGCAGGGGGGGCGCCCCAGCCAGGAGGAGGACGAGCGGGCGGUCCGGAUGGUGCUGGCCAUGAUCGGGGCCUUCUUCGUCUGCUGGCUGCCCUACACCGCCCUCUCCAUGGUGGUGGUCAUCGACCCCGACCUCUACAUCCCUCCUCUGGUCGCCACCCUGCCCAUGUACUUUGCCAAGACCAGUCCCGUGUACAACCCCAUCAUCUACUUCUUAGCCAACAAGCAGUUCCGAGACUGCACACUGGAGGUGCUGUCGUGCGGCCACUACAUUCCCCACGGACCCAUCGAUGGUGGCGUGAGCAUGGGGUCUCUGCGGAAGUCCAGGGUGUCCUCGAAAGUGCUGCCAGUGUGA